AGUAGAUCUAGAUUAUAUAUUAAUUUGUAUAGACCUCUGCUGGAGCCAGGGACAUUUAAUUUAGUAAUAGAACUUCAACCUGGCCUAGAUAAUAGAAUAGUGAAUAGUUUCUAGUACUACACUACACACUAACACAGGUCUAAGUGUUGUAAUAAUGUCUUGUGAUAAUAUUGUUCUGUAUGGUGGAGUGGAAGGAGGGGCAUCAAAUACAAAAUUUGUAUUGGUUAACAGUGAUGGUAAAAUUUUGUCUUCAAGUUAUGGAAGUGGUACUAAUCAAUAUUUAAUAGGUGUGGAGGAAUGUUUAAAAAGGAUUAAUGCUUUGGUGCAAGAGGCAUUAGUGAAAGCAGAUUUACCCACAAGUGUAACCCUGGAAGCUCUUGGUAUGAGCCUUAGUGGUGGUGAUGAAAAGUCUGUUCAGUCGGAGAUUAAAGAAUAUCUUAGAACUCAUUAUCCUAACCUUGCAAGGCAUUACUUUGUAGGCAGUGACACACAGUCUGUUUUAGCUGCAGCCUUGCCAAAUGGUGGUGUAGUGUUGAUUGCAGGAACUGGAUCCAAUUGUCAGCUGAUUAACCCAGAUGGUUCUCUAGCAAGAUGUGGAGGCUGGGGUCAUCUCAUCGGAGAUGAGGGAUCAGCCUGCUGGAUAUCUCUAAAAGCCAUUAAAAUAUUCUUUGACCAUGAAGAUGGUAUGUUUCCUUGCUCUUAUGAUGUAACAGCAGUUAAAGAUGCUAUCUACAAAUAUUAUGAUAUACGAGACAGGAGUGGUUUAUUAGAUCAUCUGUACACUAACUUCAACAAAGCUAAAUUUUCUGGUUUAUGUAAGGAGUUGGCGAGAGUGGGCCUAGAAAAAAAAGAUCCAUUGUGUUGUGAAAUUUUUGAAGAGGCAGGCAAGAUUUUAGCAAGACAUUUGUAUGGCAUAAGUAACAAAAUUGAAAAAGAUUUAAAAGAAAGAGAAGGAGGUUUGCCUAUUGUGUGUGUUGGCUCUGUGUUUAAAAGUUGGGAUCUACUCAAACCAGGCUUUCUGAAAGAGAUGAAAUCAGUUUUAGCCGAGACCAAUAUUCAUGAAGUCACAUUGCUUCGAUUAAACUCAGAGGCCAGCAUUGGAGCAGCAGCCCUUGGUGCACAUGCUUCUGGGAAGGCCCUGCCUUUAGAUUACGCAAACAAUGCUACAGUAUUUUUCCAUUCAGUAUUUACAAACCCCUAGACAAUACUUGGUUACAACAUUUUUUUGUCUGGUGUUGGAGCAAAAUGUUUUAUUUGUAACUUUAUUGAAUAAUAAUAUGCAAUUUUUUUGGGGAAUAAAUGGAAUUUUAAUUUAAAUAUCCAUGACAUUUGUUUGUUAGAAAUUUUAAGUCCACUCAAUGGGCAGAUCUGUUAUAUGGAUACUAAGUUGUUAAGUCCACUCAAUUAGCAGAUCUGUUAUAUGGAUACUGAGUGAUUAAGUCCACUCAAUGGGCAGAUCUGUUAUAUGGAUACUAAGUUGUUAAGUCCACUCAAUUAGCAGAUCUGUUAUAUGGAUACUGAGUGAUUAAGUCCACUCAAUGGGCAGAUCUGUUAUAUGGAUACUGAGUGAUUAAGUCCUGAGGUCAUGAGCUGGAAUCCUGAGAGAAAUUUAUUUUUUUGCAAUUUUACAGACAUUUCACAACUUCUCAAAUGUGAGUUACUUGACAUGUGUUGAUUAAUGUAAAAUUCCCUGACAUCUGUAGAUUAAUGUAAAAGUACUUGACAUUUGUUGAGAAAUGUAAAUUGUUUGGCAUUUGUUUGGAAAGUAAAGGAGGUCAUUUUGUUGAUCAAACAAAAGUUAAUUGUAUUUCAUCUGCAAUAUAAAUCUCUUUGGUCCUUUUGAGGACAGCCUUCUUUCCCCCCCCCCCCCCCAUCUAAGUAAAAAUUCGCUUGCAUUUAUUCUAAUCCAAUUUUGGCUUUUAAUUGUAAAAUAAUUUUGAAAUAUUUUACUUCAAUGUGAUGUAAGUAUUAAGCAAAGACUUGGUGAAUUUCGAUUAAUAAAUAUUUAGGUUUUGAAUGUCAUUGUCACAGAGCAACUCUAGCAGGUCAAUGACAUGAUGCUCAGUCGUUUUGGCCCCACUGAUGCAUGAGCAGUUCAAUUUGUUUUCAGUUCUCUGUGAAAUUAAUUGAAUAUAUUACAUAUUUUAUUUCUAAAACAUUUGCUGGAUAAUUUAAGAAUUUAAUUUUUUAUAACCUGUAAUUUGUAAUAAAUUUUUUGACAAAGAUUUUCAUUUAUGAAAUAUGAACUAGUAUUGAGUUCAGUGUUAGGUUGACAGACUUGAAUAUAACAUCUGCUAUUUUUUUUUAAAAAUAAUUUUAUGAGUUUCUGACUUCUGAAAUGAAGUCCUAGCCAAAAAGUUUUGUAGGACAGUAAGGGUGGGCAGCAGGCAGGGUUUAAACUGGUGGUUAUUGUGAUAGUCUGAAGCAAAUAGCACAUGGCCACUAUUUACAUUCAUAUCAUUCCAUUAGUUGUAUAUAUUAGUUAAAUUGUAAAAGUUAAUUCUUCAAUUUUUAUUGAAUUGAAGUUUUAAGUGUUUCAUUUUGAUUGGGAAGUUUUAAAAAAUGUUUUAAAUUCCCAUUAAAAAAUACAAGAGAAGUAGCCUUAUCUAUAAUUUUAUUCUGAAAAAAUUAAUAAAUAUAUAUACAUAAGGUUAAAGUAAAUAAAUACUUGAUCAGACUUCGUCUGAAAAAACAUUUAA